AAUUGUUUAAUUUAAGCUUCUUUCAACAAGACAUUCUUGUCCGAAACAUUUCUUUGUGACACAAAAGUGCGUUAAGACAUUUUCUAUUUCUUUAAUAGUGAAAUGAAGUCUCUAAUACUCUUUGUAAUUAUUUCUUUAUUAUUUGUACUUGAGGUAUUUACUGAAACACGAACAGCUCCGAAUUUGAAAUACCAAGAAGCAAGAAAAAAAUGUCAAGAUGAUCCUAAAACUACCUUAGAUCGAGAAACAUUGAAAAAUGCUUUCAGGGGCGAUAUCAACACCGCUGCAUUUGGCGGUCACGCUGUUUGUAUUUACAGACAUCUUGGGAUACUGGACGAACAAGCUAAUAUCAAUAGAAUUAAACUUAGAGAGAGUUUGGAUUAUAUUAUUGUCAAUCAAAAACAAUUGGAUGCCGCAGUAAAGGAAUGUUCUCAGAAGAAAAACACUCCAGAAGAAACCGCUGUUGAAAUUUUUAAGUGCACUAAGCGAGCCAUGGCUCCGUAUUUACCACAUUAUGACCAAUGAGAAGCGUUUGUAAAAAGAAUUGUUAUUAUUUUUAUUGACAAUUUCAAUUAAAGCAUCUUUAUAAUUAUUAGUUUGAUUAUAUAAAAUAAUUAAUUUGAAAUAUGAAGUUAUAAUUCAUAUUUAUUUGGAAAAAGAGUUUAACCUCUCUAUGUGGGUACGUCAUUAAAACUUUGAAGUGGAUUUAUAGUUCUGAAGUUGGCAAAUAUGUUUAUUUAUAAACUAAAUAUUACUUCUAAACUUGAAGUUUGCG